AUGGCUGCUCAGAAGAACUUCCGUCUCCUGUGUCUGGAGAACCCUCUCCUCGACAUCAUUGCCGACGGCGACCAGGCUACUCUGGACACCUACAAGAUCAAGGCGAACGAUGCCAUCCUUGCUGAGCCCCAGCACCUCGGCAUCUACGAGGACUUCCUCAACAACCGCAAGGCUGCCCUCUCCGCCGGCGGUGCUGCCCAGAACACCGCCCGUGGUGCUCAGUACAUCCUGCCCGAUGACAGCGUCGUCUUCCUGGGCGGUGUUGGCAAGGACAAGUACGCUGAUAUCCUGAGCGAGACGGCCGCGAAGGCCGGUUUGCGUGUCGAGUACCGCGUCGACGAGAAGGUGCCUACUGGCCGUUGCGCUGUCGUCGUGACCCCCGGCAACCGCUCCAUGAUCACCGACCUCGGUGCCGCCAACCACUACGACCUCGAGCACCUGCAGUCGCCCGCCAUCUGGCCCCUUGUCCAGAGCGCCGAGGCCUUCUACAUUGGUGGCUACCACCUGACGGUGUGCCCGCCGGCCAUUAUGGCCCUGGCCAAGGAGGCCGCGGCUAACGACAAGACUUUUGUUCUGUCCAUCUCGGCCCCCUUCAUCCCGCUCGCCUUCAAGGACGCUCUGGAUGCCACCUUGCCCUACCUCGACUUUGUCCUCGGCAACGAGGGAGAGGCCGCCGCCUUUGGCAACACCCACGGCGUCAGCAACAUUGACCUGGCUGAUGUCGAUGGCACGGCCACCACGGCUGACCUCAAGAAGAUUGCCCAGUACAUGGCCGACCUGCCCAAGGAGAACACCAAGCGCAAGCGUGUCGCCAUUGUGACGCACGGCAGCCAGCCCACUCUGGUCGCCGUCCAGGGCGAGACCGAGGUCAAGGAGUACCCUGUCCGCGCUAUUGCCAAGGACGACAUUGUCGACACCCUGGGUGCCGGCGACGCCUUUGCUGCUGGUUUCGUGGCCGGCCUCAUCGAGGGCAAGUCGCUCGAUGUCUGCAUUGACCAGGGCCAGUGGCUGGCCAGCCUGUCGCUGACCCAGCUCGGCGCCUCGUACCCCUUCCCGAAGCAGACCUUCACCCCGAAGGCAUAA